AUGCCUACUGGGGACCAAAAUUUAAUUGCCAAUUUGAUGUAUAGGGACUGUGAGAUCUGGGUUGGAGAACGCAAAUUGUGGGCUGAUCUGAUAGGAUUAGCAAUUAAGGGAUAUGAUGUAAUGUUAGGCAUGGAUUGGUUAGCCCGUUACACUGCUCAGAUGAACUGUAAAACAAAAAUUGUAGAAUUGUACAUCCCGGGAGAGACGACCCUAAAAUUGGAUGCAAGGGGUAGAUUAGCUUCAUAUGCGCUUAUCUCAGGGAUUCGAGUUAGAAAAAUAUUAAGUAAGGGAGCUCAGGGAUAUCUGGCUUUUCUUAUCAACACUUCUAGUGAUAAGGUGAAUCUGGAGGACAUGUCGGUGGUAAAAGACUUUCCAAAUGUUUUUCCUGAUGAAUUGGAGUCUUUACCCCCGGAACGGGAAAUAACUUUUAAGAUCGAUAUAACUCCCGGAGUAGCACCUAUCUCUAAGACACCAUAUCGAAUGGCCUCAGCGGAAUUGAAGGAGUUGAAAUUACAAUUGAAAGACUUGUUGGAACGGGAUUUUAUACGGGAAAGUAAUGCUCCGUGGGGAGCCCCAGUUUUCUUUCAUGGAUCUAAUGCAUAG